AUGGUGAGGGACAAGCAGCAAGAAGCCAGCGCCCAGGGAGAAGCUUCCACUGAGCCGUCGAGGGCGGAGAGCCGCGCCUCUGGCUCCCUGGCGCAGUUUAUUCUCCAGGCUUUCGAGGUUGUCGGUCCGCGGAAAAGUCUCUCCUUGGCGGCCCUGAAGAAAGUGGUCGCUGAAGCCGGCUUCGACCUCGGCAAGAACAAGGGGCGCCUCAAGCGAGAACUGAACCGCUUGGUGAACAACGGGCUCCUGACUCGCCUCACCGGCCGCGGCGCCUCGGGCUCCUUCAAGCGCGCCCCCAAGAGGGCCGGGAAGUCGGCGGCGGGGGCCUCCAAGAAGAAGGCAACGACUAAGAAGAAGGCGGCAGCUAAGAAGCCGAAGCGGCCCCAGAGCCGGAACACUAGAUCUUCCUCGGCUGCUUCUGGAAGCAAGGGCCAACAACAGAAGCGCCCAACAACCAAAAGGAGGGCUUGA